CGACCAGGACAGUGGGCGUUUGACACACAUCCCCUGGUGGCGGCCAGGUCCUCUCCCGAGGCCCCUUGUCAGAAUCGGAACCGCCUCUCUCUCCCGAAACGCACAAACACCUCCUGGCGACCGCGAUAGCAAGAACACAAACCAAAAAAGCCAAAAACCAACUGAGGAACAUCUUCGUCAGCUUCAUUUUGAAAGUGGCACCCUUCUGGCCAUUGUUCCAUUCUGUACCUCCCCCUCCCUCUUCCAAAUUGUUGAUUCACUCACGGUGGAUGCCCCGUAAAUACAUUUCAGCCGCUGGGCAGGCGGUUACAGAGAGUCGCUUAGAAGGUAGCGAUCAAGAGACAGGGCGAGUGGAGCGCCCUGGCGGCUAAGGCAUCAUUUCCUUACGCAUUCUGCACUGAGCGCUUGUCCCGUGGGCUGCAAGGUGUUUGACUCCAAAUGCACCUGUGAAGGGAACUGGAGACACCAGGAUCUGGUGAUUUUGAAAAGGAGCUUGCACCGCCAGGGUGAAAACCCCUGCUUCCUUCACGUGAGAUGUGACCCUCGUGGAGGUGAAGAAAUGGUUUCUGUUGGCGUCUUAAGUUCAGCACGAAAUAUGGAAGUGUACUUAGGAGAGGAGUACUGUGGAACCAGCAGGGGCAAGAGUGUUUGUAAUGUUCUGGAUAACAGUGAACAGGAAAAGAUUAUUUUGUACAAAACAUACCUAAAAUUGGAGUCUUCCACACGUGCUUGUAAAAUAAAGCUGCUCUCGUUUGGUGAAAAGCAGUGUGUGUUCAUCAGUAGAGUCGUGGUCCACGUGAGGCCCGUGUCCCCGGAGUCUCCGGCAAGCUGUCCUCGUCUGGGGUCAAGGAUAGACCUGGAGCGGGUCCAAACCAUCAUGGAGUCCAUGGGCUCCAAGCUGUCCCCUGGAGCUCAGCAGCUGAUGAGUAUGGUUCGGUUUCAGCAGCAGCAGAUGUGCAUUCCCAUCGGCGAGCCGCCCCAGUCGCCUUGGGGAAGCGCUGGCUCCACGCCCGGGGUUGGAGCACGAGCAUCCUCCGCUUCGGGAGCCUCGGCCAAGUCGACCUCCACACCUUUUCCCUUCCGAACCGGCCUGACGUCUGGAAACCGGACCGAAGACGUGCAGGCUCACCCGGACCAAAGGACGCAGCCAGCGGCCGGGGGCCCUGUUACCAGCCUCCAGGAGUGUCCCCUGGGGCCACAGAACCAGUCUCUUCUUGAGAAUGCGCUUAAGGCUGCAGUCUCUUCUUUCUCACCGAAGAAAGCGGGUGACAGCGCCCCCGUAGCUAACUCGGAGCUGCCACCUUUCCUCCAGAACUUGUGUCAUCAAGUGAGCCAUCUCCGCCUGGGACCUCACAGCAAGUGGCAGGAGAGCAUCACCAGGCCCGGCGAAGGCCCUGCUGGGCUUCCAAUGGACGAACAAUCCAUUUGUUCCUCCUUGGAAAAGAUGCUUUCUAAAAAUAUGGAAGUGAUGGAAAAGAAGCUCACGGACUACAUCGAUCAGCGAAUUUAUAAACUCCAGGAGCACAUAGAUAAUAAGAUUGCUUUGUUGGUGGACUUGCUGCAAAAUCCCAACUCCCCACCCUCUGGGAUGCCUCUAAGACACUAUGACUCUGGAGAAAGACUUUCAAAUGGAGAAAGAUAAGCACUCAGCACAUACAGAGUACUACAGAUAUUUAUUAAGUAUUUAUUACAAAGCCAAAACCCCCCAAAAAGUUUAUGAAAAGCAGGUAUUUAAUGUCCUUUGAAAUAUCUCCACUAUAUAUCAGUGUUCAUUUUUUACUGUACUUGUAUAUCCAGUACUGUACACUAAGAGUUAACAUGAUUGAGGCAUAAGUUAUUUUUGUUUGCAGUAUUUAUCACUCUUAACAGAAGUUUAUGUACACUGCCAGGUUAAGUGUUUAUGAUUUUAAGGAUUUCUAAUGGAGUUCCUUAGUUUGUGUUGUGUAUGUGUUUUGUAGAAGUAUAUUUUUUAUUUAUACAAAGAUGUUAUUUUGUAGUCUUAGGAGUGUGAAAAAUAAUGCUCUGAGUAUUUGAUAAUUUUCCUUUUUCUAAUUGACUGUUUUUGAAAAAUUGGAUACUAAAGUCGUGGAACCUUUCAUUCAAGUCACUAAUUUUUGUGUUAUAUUGCUUAUCUUAAAUAAUGAAGAAGAUACAGUGUUUGGCAGGUGUAAAUUGGUUUACACUGGGGUGGUUCAUGUUCUUUGUUUCAGUACGGUGUGGCAGUAGAUAGGGAAGGAAACAUCACAACUAGCCUGUUCCUCGUUAGGAUCGUUAUCUGAGAUUGUUUGGUGUAAAAUGAGAAAAGUCACCUUGUUUUAUGUCAGUUUACCCAGAAAGCAUAGGCACUGUCCUUUUCUGAGCUGAUACAGUUUCCGCUUUCCAAAGCCCUUUUCUGUUUAAAGUGUUAAAUGCUGAGGUUCUUCAUUGAACGAUCAAGGAGAUUGCAAUUCUCUCUGUCAGCUUAAUUUUUAGAAAUUACAACUAUUGCGUAUGUGUUGAAAGGUGAUAUAUUUGCAUCUAAAAAAAUAAAUGGAUCCACUCUAGAAA